GUGGCUGAGAGGCUCACAUCAAAAUGGCCGCAUUUUAGUCUACAGACGAUUUUUCUUUACUGUUUGCCAAUAGCCGUGUGAAGGGCCUGGCAGUGUUCCCUAAAGUGGUAGAUCUGUUUCGCCGGAAAUUUUGCUGUUUAAUAACCUGAAAAUUUUCGUGAAAUAGAACAAACUUCGGUUCUGCAUAAUAUUUUAUACAAUGCUACGUCAUCAACAUCAUACAAUGCAAAACCAGCUUAGAGAUCAUAAUAGAAUGGGAGGUCCGAUGCGACCCAUGCAGCAGGCAAAUAUGGCCCCUUUACAUCAGCCGCAGCAUGCGUUACCGCAUCGGAAUCCACAUCAACAAAUACUGUCCAUGCCCCACCAUCAGCAGCACAUUCAUCACAUGCAACAUCCUGGACCACCACAUGGAAAUCCAAGACAACCGAUGUUGAUGGGCAUGAAUGCACAUAAUACAAACGGCACAAUGGUUAGCGUCAGUCUAAAAGACCAAGCAAACACGGUCUCUGUGACUCUACAAAACCCAAAUGUUCAACCACCACAGUAUCCACAGCAACAAAAUAAUCAACAAAAUCCCCCACCGCAGCAACACAUUCAACAAUCGCAAAAUAUGGAACAAAAUAAACAAACGACAAACGAAACCAAUAAUGGAGAGUCCAGAGAUCAGAGUCCACCCACUCAGAAUCACGUCAAUCUGACGGAUUCAGCUUUGGCAAACAUGAAAGAAAAAACACCGAUGUGCUUAUUGAAUGAAUUAGCACGUUUUAAUAAGAUUCAGCAUCAGUAUAGAUUGACUAAUGAACAAGGACCAGCGCACAAGAAACGAUUCACAGUAACACUAAAGCUUGGAGAGGAGGAGUAUAUUGCUGAUGGUCCUAGCAUAAAGAAAGCUCAGCAUAGUGCUGCAACCGAAGCAUUAACAAGAACCUGGUAUCAACGACCUCCGCCAAAACCAACUAAGGCAAUGAGAGUUGGACAUCCAGGAAAAUGUUUUGGUGGUUCUGGAAAUCUGCCGCCUACCGUUGAGUUAAAUGCUCUGGCUAUGAAGAGAGGAGAACCCACUAUUUAUACUUUUAGACAAGCUCCGCCGGCAGGAAUACAGAAAUACGUUCCACAUGGCUUGGAUGUCUUUUCUCGAAUAUUUAAUCCACGUUUUCCUACAUAUAAUCGUGGUUUCCAUGCGGAACCUCAAUUGUAUCUUGUAUCUUUGAAGGUAGGGGAACGUGAAUUCAUUGGUAGAGGUUUGACAGGUCAAGCAGCACGACAUGACGCAGCUAGUAAGGCGUUAGAGCAAUUGCGUCAAUUGCCAUUACCGGAGGAAGUAGCAAAUACUUGUAAUACUGGCGAAAACGGUACAUUAGGCGAAGCGAAAGAUCCCAUUGCCGAGUUAAAGAGUCCGGUAUCAUUAGUUCACGAGAAAGCAUUAAAACGUGGUUUACCUGUCAGUUUCGAAGUUGUAUCGGAAAUUGGAAAACCUCACAUUCGAACGUUCAGGACAAAGUGCACUGUCGGAGAUAAAGUCACAUUAGGAGAAGGACCUUCGAAGAAAGUAUCGAAAAGACACGCGGCAGAGUUUAUGUUGGAAGAACUUAAUCGUUUACCUCCAUUGCCCGAAACUAUACAAAAUCGUCCAAUGCGAGUGAAACGUAAACCGCUAACAACGAAGAAGAAGUCACGAAACCUGAUAAAAGUUUAUCAGGAACCACGGUCUGAAUCUGAAGCUGCGGAAGAAGUAAAUCCAGUUUCACGACUGGUUCAAAUACAGCAAGCGAAACGAGAGAAGGAACCCGUUUAUAAUUUAAUAGAGGAAAAAGGUGCAGCGAGACGAAGGGAAUUCGUUAUGGAGGUUUCUAUGGGGCAACAUUCCGCGCAAGGAAUGGGUCCUAACAAAAAGCUAGCUAAGAGAGCUGCAGCAGAAGCUCUUCUAACGCAAUUAGGUUACAGUAAGCCACAAUUACAGCCCACAAAGCCGUCGAUAAAAACGGGAGAAAGCGAAAACACUGAAACGAAGCCGAGGAAAGUCACCUUUUUGGAAGAUGAGCAAAUUAAUGAAACUCAAUCUCAUCCGGUAGGAGGAACUAUCGGACGUCAGUUAGUACCUGGACUUUUAUUAGUGGACGGAGGCCAAGAAUCUAAAUUAGGUAGCGGACCCAGUGUGCAAAUUGUUGCUGAAGAAUUACGAGGACAACAACAACAAAACCCAGCCGCAGUUUCUCCUAAAGAUCAAUUGAAAUAUCUCUCUCAGUUAUUUAAUUUUAGCGUGGAAUUCAAUGAUUUUCCUAAGGGAGCAGUAAAUAAGGAAUAUCUGUCGCUUGUAACGCUAAGUACCGAUCCACCGCAGGUUUGUCAUGGCAAUGGGCCGACAAGAAGUGCGAGUCGUAAUCAAGCAGCAUUAAAAGCUCUGUGUACUUUAAGUAAGCUGGGUCUCGAUAAUGCAUCUAAUUCGCAAACAAAAAAGGAUAAAGGUGCGUCUGGAGACGGAAUACACAUUAGUAUUCAAGUUAAAAACAAUAUAAUGGAUGGAACUAUUGAUAAGUAAUUAUGUAGUAUGUAAGACUUACGUAUAUAAGUUCAAUUUACGUUGCUGUUUUAAGGCAUUGCAAAGGAAAACUACCAUAAGGUCAUUUCAUGUAGUCAUUGAUGAGAACGAGAUAUAUUUAAAAGUGAUCUUAGAAAAGCGAAUAAUUUCAUUGUAGAUUUAACAUCAACAUCAAUGUUAAUGUUAAACCUUGAUAGUUUGAAGUGUAUCGUGGAAUUUUUAUAUUGAUAAUUUGAAUGAUUUUUUCUUUGAUUUAUGUCGUAAACGAACAUAGAUAUUAGUGUUCCGUUUGCAUGAUUAUUAUUAAUAUUAUUAUUAUUACUAUUAUCAUUAUUAUUAAUAUUAUUAUUAUUAUUACUAUUAUUGUAUGCUUUUAGUAGUUCUCAUUAUGUGACAAGAUUGCAAGUUUUUGUUUUUAUUAGUAUGUACGUGCUUUUACGUAAUCUUCCUAAAUUAUUUUUACGUAGUCUUAAUUAUACAUUCUACAUUUAUUAAUGUAUUUGUAUAUAUUACAAUUGUUGAAUGAACUAAUCGGUGGGAAAAUAGCUCUCCUCAAUCUGUCUCUCUGGGCCUUAAUACAUUGUAACAUCAAACGUUGAAUCACCAAUGACUCGAUCUUCACACAUUACGCCAUUGCUUCUUUAACUUCACGGACUCGCGUAUUUGGAAGAUCAAUAGCUUUUUAUGGAGGAUCUAUCUUUUGCAGUGCCUUAAUCGCAUCAGGAAAUUGCUCAAGCACCAAUAACUAAUUAGACAUUAACGAGCACAUGGAAAUGCCUUUCGUUUAGAAGCGGAAACUACUAAUCAGGCAUAAUAGCAGUCUUUGAUAGACUCAUGUGGCAAUCACAAAGCGUAGUAGUUACGCGUAUGAUUGCGUGUCGAGUAUAUAAUUUAAAUUGUUUUUCUACGCUUAAAAAAUACACAGUAGUACCUUGAGAAAAGUAUUAUUGGUGCUUGAUCAAGAUUGUGAUCCUAGCAGUGAACAUCAAUUCUAUUGUAUUUAUUAUAACAGCUUCAUUGAUAGGAUCAUAAUCGUCAAACAUGAAUUGUUUCAACAUCGUAAAUGAACGAAAAAUGGUCAUUCUCCAAAGAAUCGUGGUUUAUGAUCAAGGAAACAUUGUAGAAACGUGAAGUGAAAAAAUAUUGAAAUCUGAGAUGAAAUGCGGCCAUCUCUUAAUUUCUCUAUUUAAUCCUUGGCUUUCUCAUUCUUCGCGAAUAGAAUAUCUAUUAUGUCGUAUUACCUGGUAACAAGCGCAUAUAAAUCAGUAAAACAGUUUUGUGGAUUUUUAAUUAUAUUAGAUUUACAGACAUGACUUUAAUAAUCUUACUUCAUGCAAAAAUCUUUCACCGUUUUGUUGAGCAAAGCGGACUCUUUAUUAAUGGUUAUUUUGACAUUAUAUAUAACAAUUGAUAUGAAAAAAAAGAAGCGCAUUUUUCCGAAACGAAAUUCGACUAGAAAUUUCUAAGAGUUACGUGUCUCCAACUGAAUAAUCAUUAAGAUUGCAGACAUUUUAAAACCAUUGAUUCUUAUUGAUUUGUUAAGCGUAAUAGUAUAAUAGGAUUAAAACAAUUUUGAAUGACAGUAUUAAUUCAAAAGAAAUAGUAAAGCUUUGGAAAUUCGUUGGGGACUCUUUAACUCCCUCGACUAUUCUACGAGUUUCCGUUAAAGUCUGUAAAAUUGAAAAAAAAGGUAAUGUGAUAUAUUCAUAUUAUUGCCCCAAUUUGCUUUUUUGUGGGGCCUAGAAGCAUUCUGGGGUUAUACUCAUGUUUUGCAACGUAUUGAGAAGUAAAGGACAUUCAAAUUUUCAUACAUCCGUUAUCUAGUAGAAGAAUGAAAGAUGAUUUUGGAUGUAUCGGAAAUUGUAGUAGAAAAUGGUAAUAAUUCAAAAUUUGUCCCGUUGCGUCAUGAUUAUUAAAGGAGUACGUUUGAUUUGAACCUGUGAAAAUAACGUAACAACAUUCUUGAAACAACGUCGUGAAUUUUGUCUUAUUGCCGAGAAGUAAACAAAAAAUUA